AUGGUUCGGAUAAGCGAGGCGAUCAAAGACGAUCACCGGAAAUUGGAAUCUUGUUACAAUAUCAUCGUCAACUCCGAAGAUGAAGAUGAACAGGCUCGAUUUCAGAAUCAGUUUACCUGGGAACUCGCACGACACUCUGUCGCCGAGGAGCUAGUACUUUUCCCUGCAAUGGAAAAGCUUCGAUCUGCCGGGAAGGAGAAGUUAGAUGAUGAUCGGCGUGAACAUUCAGCGCUCUACGUUUUCCAGGACCUAAACUCCUCCGAUCCACGCUUCAUCCCUACAAUUACGAUGCUGAUGGAAGGUCUUGCCCGGCAUAUGCGAGACGAAGAGACAAAUGACCUGGUUAUAUUGGAGGAGUCCCUCACGUCUGAUGAGAGCGAGAAGUUGGCUGAAUCUCUCAGUCGCACUAAAAUGUUCGUGCCCUCUCGCUCGCAUCAGUAUGACUUUGGCAACCCGCACUAUGAGACUGUAGCCGACCUGCUUACAGCUCCCCUGGAUCAUCUCCAGGACCUGUUUCGAAGGUGGCCAGAGGAGGAAAGCAUUCUAACAUCGCCAAUAAUGGAGUAG